AUGAAUAAUGUUAAAACUGAUAUAGAAGUUUUAAAAGAAUAUGACGAGAUCAAAAAUUAUUGUGAAGAAUUGAAGAGAAAGAGACUAGAUGAAUUCAUGGAAGGUUUCAAUACAAUCUCUAUGUCAUUGAAGGAAAUGUAUCAAAUGAUUACAAUGGGGGGUAAUGCAGAGUUGGAGCUUGUGGACAGUUUGGAUCCAUUUUCCGAAGGAAUAUUGUUCAGUGUUAUGCCGCCCAAAAAAUCAUGGAAAAAUAUAUCAAAUUUAUCAGGUGGUGAAAAGACUUUGAGUUCAUUAGCUUUAGUCUUUGCCCUUCAUAGAUAUAAGCCAACACCUCUUUAUGUUAUGGAUGAGAUUGAUGCAGCAUUAGACUUCAGGAACGUAUCGAUUGUCGCAAAUUACAUUAAGGAAAGAACCAAGAAUGCACAGUUUGUUGUUAUCUCCUUGAGAAAUAACAUGUUCGAAUUAGCUCAACAAUUGGUUGGUAUUUACAAAGUCAACAAUAUGACUAGAAGUAUAUCAUUACAAAAUAAGGAUUUCCUUAAUCCUGGCCCCGAAGAAAGUAAGUAA